AUGGUUGUGUCGGACCGUUACCAGUUGAACACGUACUCGCCGCUCGCCCAAGGCCGUGGGGACGCGGAGAAGGAGUGGGCGUUUCUGAAAACAACAACGGAUCCGCAGCUACAGGAAUAUCGAGAGACUCGGUCCCAGAUUUAUCGAGACAAUAUCAGCAAAGUGAAAAACCUGCAGAGCGAUACGGCAAGGGCGAAUGCUCUAGCGGGUGGGAAGGUGGAGCUGAGCGUAUAUGAGCGAGAAAAAAGAAAGAAAGGCAACCCAAGGAAAAUGAUCAUGCUCAGAUACAACAUGAUCCCAAUUCCAUUCACCACGGACAUUGUUCCAGAAACGGCGCGCGUCAUAUACGACUUCGUUGACGCUCCUGGACCACACCCGCAUCGUCUCCGAAAGAUCCGCGUCCCGAUGACGACGCGUACUUGCUGGGAGUCAAGCUCACUGGAAAGAACUCGAAAGGCCAAGACGUUGAGCUGCGGGUCUCGAGCGGCGGCGAUGCCCGCGCUCAGAGAGUGA